AAACCGGAAGAGGAAAACACAUAGAUUAGUGUGUUUACAACCCCCGUCAUCCUGCGCGCACCCGGCAUCAUCCUGUCAUCCCACCAAAGCUAUUUGCAUUUGUCCGGUGCUGCUGUUUCGACUCUGCAGACAUCGUUAUGGUUAUUAUGAUUAUGAUCAGAUCACGGGCUUGUGUUGGAUGCUUCGCCGAGGACUAGAGGAUUUUAUCGCGGGCUGCAGCUGGUGGGGGUUCUGUCGCAGCGUCGGGCCACCCACCAUCCGCGGAAGUGGGACAAGGGAACAGAUGGCGCGUCCAAGCCGGGCUGCAGGGCUGCUGAGGAUCAGUCAGUAAAAUAACAGCCUGUCUUUGCCUGUUUUUCUAUUCGCUGCAUCUUUCGCGAACUUGACGAUGCCACAGUGAUUUGGGUGAGAGUGUGUGGGGUGGGGGGGCAUCGCGGAUUCAUCGCCAUUCAUCGAUGUGCGCGGCGGACGCGACCCGCUGGCAUCAACCUAAUCUGCUUGUGACGCGCCUCUAGCCCGGUGAACAAUGGUUGACAACCGCUACGCCACGGCCCUGGUCAUCGCCUGCGUGCUGAGCGCGCUGGCCACCGUGUACGUGUCGGUGGCCAUCGGGACGCAGCACUGGUACCAGUACAGCAGCCCCAGCGUGCGCGGAGAGGCCAACGUGUCCGAGCUGCGCUCCCUGUACGAGGAGUUCAUGGACGGGGAGUUUGAUGAGAAAACUUACAGCGACACCCUGUUCCGCCUCAACGGCAGCGUGGGCCUCUGGUGGCGGUGCGUGCUCGUCCCUGCCAACGCUCUUUGGCACAAGGAGCCAGAUGCCAAAAUGGUGCUGGAGUGUCGAAGCUUCACUCUGCCUCAGCAGUUCACUCCCAAGUACAAAGAACCAGGAAAUCACAACAGUGGAGAGGACAUGCUGCGCACCUACCUGUGGAGGUGCCAGUUUCUGUUGCCACUGGUGUCCCUGGGCUUAGUGGUGUUGGCGGCCCUGACUGGAUUCUUUGCCUGCCUCUGCCGAAGCCUCACCCCAACCCUUGGCAUCGGAGUGCUUCACCUGCUGGCUGGUCUCUGCACCUUAGCCACAGUGUGCUGCUACCUGGCAGGGAUGGACCUGCUCCACAGGGUGUCUAUGCUCCCCGACAAGGUGGACGGCUCGCUGGGCUGGUCCCUCUACUUGGCUCUCAUCUCCUCGCCGCUCCACAUGAUGGCCGCCGCGCUGCUGGUGUGGGCGGCACGCAGCCACAGUCAGAAUUACUACCGCAUGACAGCAUACCGCGUUGCAUAGACUGAGAGCUGUGUGAAUUCAUACCCCGCUCUGACACCAAGAUGGAAUUUAUAUGAUGAUCUCAGAGGAACGGGAUUUGGGUCAAUCUGUGCACCUCCGAUGGAUUAAAGUGCAUACACACUACAGUAAAGACCCUAUCUGCCGCAUUAAAAGAUUUGAUUUUCAUUUUUCUCUUGGAAUUGGUUUAAAAAAAGGUCAAUCAGAAAGACGUGUAUAGCGCUGCACAUGCUUGGUUAAGAGUAGAUAAGUACACGCUCAUUUAAUUCAAUAUAUAUUGCAUUCACAUCAGAAAAGUUCUGGAUCACAGGAUAGCAGCAUUUCAUGUCUACUAUAGGAAGACUGUCUCUACCAGGUUAAUUGCAGACAUAAAAAAUGCAGUUACUUAAAAACCACGACACAUGUUCUGUGGUCUUACUCCCUGUACAAUUUGAUCUCGGUAGAAAGCAUUGAUGCAAAGGGGAGAAUGUCCAAAAUGCCCUGAACAAGCCACAAAGUCUGGAGAACAUGAAUUUUCCUUUAAGGAUACUUAAAGGUCCAGUGUGUAGCCUUUAGUGACAUAUAGUGGUGAAGUUUCAUGUUACAGCUGAAUUCACCUCACCUUCCCCUUCCAAACAUGAGAGAGAACGUGUGGUAGCCUUCAGUUGUUAAAAGGGGUUUAGUUUGUCCAGUUUGGGCCACUGUAAAAAACAUGGCAGCCUCCGUAGAGAGGACCCACUCUGAUGUAGAUACAAAGUUUUAAAUAUAAUUCAGAUGAUUAAAGACAAUUGAAAACAUCGCUAGGAUUAUUUUAUAUAUUUAAUUUCUGCCAAUAGAUCCCUUUCACCUAAAUCUUACACACUGGACCUUUUUAAAGUACACUUAAAGACUCAGGUAUGCAUAUUGAAGUCACGUAAUUUCACAGAUUUUGUGUCAACAAUGCAAUGUAUAAACAGGUUUUCUGAGAUUCUUCCUGGAGAACAGAAUGUGACAUACUUUGAAAAAGCACAGCUCUUUAACAGGCUGGUGUGUGUCUCAGAUGGAUGUCUGUCAACAUGCGCCUUGUACAAGUUCCUGGCGUUAAAAGACAAAGUGUAUUAUGUACUAUAGACAGUGUGGUAGUGCAUUCGUAGUACAGUAUGUGCUAUGAGACGCACCCACUGUUUCACUGACCUCUACUGGUUGAAAUCUGUUAGACUUCUGCUCACACCCAGGAUGAAAACUGGGUGCGGUGACAUUUCUGAUGAUGUCGUGGACGCACCCUGACUACGCUUCACUGCACCACGACAAACAAUUGAAGAUAUUUAUUCUUAUGUUGCGUGUUAAGACUUUUACCAACCCAGUUAGAAACACAGUCUGGGAAUGUGAACAGCGAUGAGGUUUAAAGUGAGAGAUUAUCUGUACUAUUGUUGUAGUUAUGGGUUAAGGUUAGAUUAGGUCAAAAGUCAGUUUUAUUAAGAUUGACUUUCGACUUAAUUGACAUUUAUUUACUUGUGGAAACGAUGGUCACAUGGUGUUUUAUGGAUAUUGUUUUGUUUGCUAUUUUGAAGUAUGAUUUUAAUGUUUGACUGAUUUUUUUUAGAUUUUUUUAGAAUAUGAAAAAUCCCUCAUGUACUCAACAGUAAAAGUACUUUGUGUUUUGUGUUCUUGUAUGCUCACUGAAAUAGGUUUCCAUGUCUUUUGUGAUUUAGUUAGUGCAUAUUGUUAUUUAUUUGAUUUAUAUUUGUUCCUUGAUUUUUUUUUUUUUUAAAUCAUUUCCGUUCACCAUUAUGGGGAAAAAAACAACAAAGUUCAGUAAAUAACAGGAUCUAAGGGAAAUAGUUUCCUGUGAGGCAUUAUGAAUGUACUUUAAAUGCCAUAUUAUGAUAAGCUACAGUAUUCCUUUGCACUUAAAUUAUUUUUGAACAUAUCUGAAUAUUGCUGUAGUGCUUGGUAGUGAAUUUCUAUUUUUUCACAAUGUAAAUGUCCCAAAAUAUCUAAUGCAUUUACAGAAAACGCAGCUGUUACUUUUAAAAUCAUGCUGUAAGUUUCCAUUGAUAUAUAGAGUAUUAGCGCUCACAAGGUUUUAUGGGAUAAAGCCUGUGUAAUGAUGCACGGUGUGUGUUCUCAUGUAUUCAGCCUUUAAAUACAAGAUAUUCCUCAAUCCCUGAAUCCACGAUAGAGUAAAUACUGUAUAACAGCUGUAUGACUGUGCUUUUGUGAAUCUACAGUGAAUGUGUCGUCCAUCCUCCACCUGAAUAUUGUGUGUGAGCGUGUGCAAUCGUGCACGCACAGCGGUGCACGUUCAAAAGCAACUGCUGUCGUUUCAAUAAAAAAGUUUUACAAAAAUUUA